AUGGCGCUGCCCAUUCCCAGUGGUCCCGAUGACGUCACAGACGAGUGGCUCGAAAAACUGCUGCGGCGUUACCAUGGCGACGAGUACCGCCUCAGUUCGGUGACGCCCACCUCCAUAGUCGCUAAUCAGGUGUCCUACUGCAGCGAGAUGCGUGUCCUUGACUGUACUGGUCGACUGGCGUCGAGGUCACUCACCGAUCACCUCCUGGUGAAGCUUCUGCCGAAGGAGGCCAACAUUCGAGCUCUGGUGACCCAGCUGAAGCUGGUGCAGUGUGAGACAAACGUGUACAAGGACUUGUUGCCGCAGUUGUGUCACUUUGAGCGCAGUCGCGGACGGAGCGCCGUGGCAUCCAUGAUAGUACGAUGUUUGUGCGUUGAGAUUGACGAUUCAGGUCAUCCGGACGGUCUCCGGUAUGUGAUCGUGCUCGAAAACCUCCAGCCGGCCGGCUUUUGGACACCAGAGCCGCUGAAUCUGCCCGAGGAUGUGCUGCCAGAGGCUGUACGUCAGCUGGCGCAGCUGGCAGCGACAUCUAACGCGUGGCUCCGGAACUGCAGCUUACAAGAUCCGCCGUACGUGCUGACGACGCGCCUCCCGAAGGAUCAUCCCACCUCACAGCUAAUCCGUAUCGGUAUACAGAAUGUGGAGCCUGGCCUGCGCCGGCAGAAUCAUCUGAAGCUGCUGGAGAAACUUCACCGAGUGGAAGAGCGUGCUACAGAGCUUAUCAGCGCCGGUCUUCAGCCUCGAGAGCCGAAACUGCGGGUGGUUACCCACGGCGACUACAGGGACGGCAACCUGCUGCUGCGUCGGGUGGAAGGGAAAGAAAAUGGCGAAGAAAAUGGUGAAGGACAUGAUCAAGGAAGCCGGAGCACUGAAGGAGCCCGCUGGGAAGUACGGGUUGUUGACUGGCAGGCGACUAUGAUUGCCCACCCGGCCGUGGACCUCAUCUAUCUCCUGAUGCUGUCCGUACCCCGGAACGUGAUGAAGCGGGUGGAGGAGCGAGUGCAGGACAUCUACUGGGAGGAGUUUUCGGCCAGCUGCCGCGCGCUCGGCGCCGACUGCCCGCUGACCAGGCGCGAGCUGGCGGAGGAUUUCCGCCAGGCCAAGCUGCUGGGGCUGAUGUGGUGUCUGUGCAUGGUGACCCUCUGGGGGAAGCAGACGCUGUGGCCGGAUCACUGUAUUGAUGUGGCCGUGGAGGUGGACGAGCUGGGCCUGCUCGAAGGACUGUAG